UAUAUAGUAGCAAAAACACCAUUUUUUUGCAGAGCAACAGCACAUUAUAUUUUAAUUACUUUAAAACACUUUAAUUUUUUGAUGUUACUGUUCCUUUAAGAAGUCCAGCUGAAGGCCUGCACACUGCAUGCAGCUUUUCUGUGCCCCAAAACUGCCCAACAACUCAGGUUUAUUUCUAUAUUAUUAUAUUUUCUGGGCCCUGAAUAUUGCAGUGCCUAUGCUCUAAAGUGCCUCUCUAUUAUACUGUCAUGCUUUUCCUGGAUUCCUAAGUGCCUCUAGUUAUUUGGGGGUUUUUGUGCAUAUUCAUACUGUACCUAGCAGCAUUUCUGAAUUGAAUAUUGAUUUUGCAGUAAUCCAAUUUGAUUUGCUGUUUUGAAAUUUUCACUAGGUGCCUUUUAUGAUUUACAAGCACUUAUGUGUGGUCUUGGAGCAAAUUUGAUCAUUUGUAGCUACCUAGACAUAAAUACAUUGUACAUAAUACCAAUGAUUCAUCAAUUUUACAAUACGCUGUCUUUGGUGCUUUUGAGUAGUCUGUUACAUUCAUCCUUUGCUCUGGCCAAUUCUUCAGCUAAGGGGAUAGCUGCCUAUGCAAGAGAAGGUAAUGAACUGUUAACAGGUGCAGGGUGACUAUAGUACCUACAUUACAUGCAUAAAAUGCUCCAAGCAGCAUCUUGUUAUGAGCAAUAAGGUAAGCUCAAGGUGAAUCAGGUCAGCUCAGUCUGGCUUGGAAACGUAACCAACACUACUGCUACAUCUAAUGUGGCAAAUGUUUUUAUUGAAACCAAUAUAUACUGAUUUCUAGAAGUAAAAUGUAUUUAAUAUCUGGAAUCAAAUGUUUAGGUAUCAGCAACUGCUGUACAUUCUGUGUUAGUCAGAACAAAGUUUCUGUUCCGUAGCAGGUGUUUUUAUACCUUUUGUUGCCAGUUGGUCAGCAGAAAACUGCCACAGGACCUUGACUAAAAAGUAUAGCAGAACCAUUCAAAUUCACAACAUUCCUAUCCUAACAAAAAGAUCAGGUUAGACCAUUGUGUAAAUAUGUGCCUUUUAUUCCACUGGUUUGAUUUGUUGAGUCUCAGAUUGUAAGAAUUUGACAUUUUAAUGUGGACCCAAUAAUAGCAAUGUCCUGCAUGUAAAAACUAGAACUAGAACAAACUUGAGGUCUUAAUAAGUGAACAAAUGUAAUCUGCAGUUUUGAGGCAGUUUAAGAAAUAUUGGGUUGCUGUUCCUAAUUCAGUUUUGUAAAGGUUCUUUUUUAUGUGUGUUUUAGUAUUUUCUAGUUGAACUUUAAUAGUAACCAAUUUCAUAAUCCAUCGUGCAUACCGGCAUAAUCCUGUUUAGACACUGAAACCUUUGUGAAUAUUUUUAACCCCUUUUUUCAGUAAUAUGUACUAAUACAUUUUCCUAAUAAAACGCACUUUACUUGUGUAUUUUUUUUGUCUUUCUUUUCUUUAAAAGGCCUUAGCACUUCUAGAAACAUAACCUAUUUUCUUAUAUAACUGACAUGGGAAUCACUGCUGGCAAAUCCUAAUAUUAAAACUGUUUCCCUACUUUGUUUGAUUAGUUAUAAUGGGCUGGAAACUGAGUUUGUUCCACAACAGAAUGUUUAUGCUGGAUUGGUAUCAUGUCACGCCUAUGCUUUCAAGCCUCGUAAGCCAUGCUAAAAUUAGGCUUGGCUCAGAGCCACUCUCUCAGGCUUCGGGGUCAACCCUUGCACCUGUACAGCAGCUCAAAUCUGUGUCAUUUUCAGCGAUUGGUCGACAUGUCCCCAUAGCACAUGUGACAUUUGAUUUAAGAAACCCUGGAGCAUUCAUUGCUACAAAUCAGUUUAUCGGCUUCAACAAACCUGCAUCACUUUAUAUAUUGAUAUUUCUUACCAUUCUGAUUAUGAAAGAAGAACCCAAGGAAGUUUCUUCCAACAGAAAAGACACAGUAAAUACAGAGAAGAGAAAUGAUCAUGAUCUUACUCUCCAGGAAAGUUUACAAACUGACACCAAAGUUGAAAAAUCCAACAGUACAAGGGAAAAGGAAAAGAAGAGGCCACAGAAACCUGAGAGCAGUAAAGUAGGCGAGCGUGCGUCCAAACUGCAGGGACAGAGAGCGCCCACCAAGAACACUGAAAAAGCAAAUGCGCCUGUAUCUACAAAGACCAAGCAAAAGAAAACCUCUUCCGCAUCAUCUGCUAAGAGGCCUUCUACAAAGCAGACAAUGCGUUCUGUUAUUGGGGGACCUGGGCACCCACCUUGUCCCAGCAAAGACUCAGAACGAGAAGUGGAAAUUCGGCUUCUGCAGGUGGAAUGUGAUGAGCUGAGAAAUCGGCUGGGAUGUUUAAAGGAAGGGUUAAUGGGCCAGAAACCGAGUGAUGUGGAGCAGUUACUCAGACAAUCUCAAAAGGAGUUGCUUUGGCUUCAGAGGCAGCUGUCAUUUAUCUCCAAUGGAGGUCCGGCCUGCAUCCUCUCCCCAAACAAGUUCAGAAAUGAUCUCCAGUGCCUGCCACCAUCGGUUCAACACAGAUCAUACAGCCACAUCCAAUUUCUAGAAGAAAAGUCGCGCCCCUUUAAAUCCGAUGUCACUUCAGUGUCACCUGAAAAGUUGCACUGGAAUUUUCUGGAAGAUGAAUUAAAGGAUGUUGUGCAAGACAAGAGUCGCUUAAGCCUUCAGUAUGCCAGCCUAUCCCACAGGGCACUGCUGUAUGACCAGGUGAAGUCAGACUAUGAGCAGCUCAGAGAAACCCUUGUCAUAGUCACCAGAGAACGAGAUUUGGCUGUGAAGGAGAAAUACCAGCUCCAAGCCAAACUGGAGAACUUAGAGCAGGUCCUAAAGCAUAUGCGAGAGGCUGCUGAACGGCGGCAACAGCUGGAAUUGGAGCAUGAGCAAGCCUUGGCUGUCCUCAAUGCAAAGCAACAGGAGAUCGAUCUCCUACAAAAGGCCCAGGUCGAAGCCAAAAUAGAACAUGAAGGUGCAGUGCAGCUGCUAGAGAACACUUUGGACAGCAUGCAGGCCAAGGUCCGGGAACUUGAAGAGAAAUGUCGGACACAGAGUGAACAGUUUAAUCUCCUUUCCCGAGAGCUGGAGAAGUUUCGACAGCAAGCCGGGAAGAUUGACUUAUUGAGUGGCAACGCAGGUGGUGUGUUAGAUUUCCCAGGCUCCCCCAAUAAAACUCUUACCCAGUUUAUAAAUGGAAUAGCAACUUCCAUCAGUAAAGGUAAUGAGAGCCCCACUGGCAGCAGGUCUGUGAUUUCUGAGUAUAUAAGGCCGCUUCAAAUAACAGGAGACAAGCCAGAACAGCUCUGCGUCAAACCAACUUUCCUUUCGAGAUCCAGGUCUGGCAGCCCGAGGCGCGGAUUUGAGUGCAAUAUGGAUAAGGAACAGAAUACGAAUACCUCAAAGCAAAGAUACUCUGGGAAAGUCCACCUCUGUAUCGCACGUUACAGUUAUAAUCCUUUUGAUGGGCCAAAUGAAAACCCGGAAGCAGAACUACCCUUGGUGGCAGGGAAAUACCUCUAUGUGUACGGAGACAUGGACGAGGAUGGAUUUUAUGAAGGUGAGCUACUUGAUGGACAGAGAGGGUUGGUCCCUUCAAAUUUCGUGGACUUUGUACAAAAUGAUGAAUUCCAUAUGUCCAGCACAUUGGCCAGUGAACAGGAGGAAAAUAUUCUCAACCAUUCUGCUCCUCUACUUCAAUCAGAGCUUAAGUUGGAGAUAACCCCAUCCAUUCACAUGGAGUCUAGUGUGCUAAAUAACGGCACAGGGACAACGAUGGAUGUUAACAUUGAUGAGAUUGGAGAAGACAUUGUGCCUUAUCCUCGGAAAAUAACCCUUAUCAAACAACUCGCCAAAAGUGUUAUUGUGGGCUGGGAGCCACCAUUAGUGCCACCAGGCUGGGGUACAAUACAUAGCUAUAAUGUGCUGAUUGGCAAGGAGAUCCGUGCAACACUAAAUUUUGGAAGUAGAACCAAAUUGCUCUUAGAGAAACUGGAUCUUGCCACAGUUACAUAUCGCUUAUCAAUCCAGACGGUCACAGACCGAGGGAACUCUGAUGAGCUCCAGUGUUCUUUGUUAGUGGGGAAGGAUGUCAUUGUUGCACCAACCCAUCUUAAGGUUGACAACAUAACUCCAAUGUCUGCUGAACUUAUAUGGCUACCCAGCAACAGCAAUUACAGCCAUGUCAUUUUCCUUAAUGAUGAAGAAUAUGACAUUGUCAAGGCUGCUAGUUACAGGUACCACUUUUUCAACCUGAAACCCAAUAUGACCUAUAAGGUAAAACUACUAGCAAAGCCCCACCAGAUGCCAUGGCAGCUUCCUUUGGAACAGAGGGAGAGGAAGGAGGCAUACACAGAGUUUACUACCCUACCAUCAGGCCCUCCUAUCCCACCUGACAAUGUUAUUGUGCAUCAGGGUCCCACACCAGUCACUCUCUUAGUUACAUGGAAGCCACCUGUACUCUCUCCAACUGGAACCUCCAAUGGCGCACAUGUGACUGGAUUUUCUGUGUAUGCAAGGGGACAAAAGGUGGCAGAAGUGGUAUUUCCUGCAGCAGAGAACAUUGUGGUAGACCUACUCAAAUUACUCAAUCUGGAUGCCAAGGAAGUUACUGUUAGAACCCUCUCAGCACAAGGAGAAUCUGAAGACUCCAUAAGUGCUUUAAUUCCACCAGACUUAAUGGUGCCUCCAAUUCAACACCCAAGGACUAUGCCCAAAUGUAAGCCAUUAGCAACUGCUGGGGUCCCAGAUACCAAAGAUGAUCAUGUGUGCCCACACAGGAAAGUGGAUGAAUCUUGGGAACAUACUCGAACAGCAUCUCCUGUCCAUGGGCAUACCUUGGAGCCUCCAACAUCUAAUUUCCAUAGUCCAGUUCAUGGCAGGAGAUCUCCAUCCCCACAGAGGAUACUUCCACAACCACAAGGUGCACCCGUUUCUAACACAAUGGCCAAAGCAAUGGCGAGAGAAGCAGCACAAAGGGUUGCAGAAAGCACCAGGAAUGAAAAGAGAAGCCUGUUCAGUGAGCGGAGCAAUUCAGUGCAUUACGCUAAUUCAGAUGAGGAGGAGGAUGGUUAUGACUCUCCACAUAUCAAAAGAAAGGGGGCUUCUGUGGAUGAAUUUCUAAAAGGUUCAGAACUUGGGAAGCAGUCGCAUUACUGCCCUGGGGAAGAUUAUCAUACAGAGAGCAGCAGAGGGUCAGAUUUAUCUGACAUUUUAGAGGAAGAUGAAGAAGAGCUGUAUUCUGAAAUGCAACUGGAAGAUGGGGGCAGAAGGCGAGUCAGCAUUACAUCUCACAACACCCUCAAGUGCUCUAAGACUAGCACUACAGACCCUGCUUUAAAGGAGCAGCUGGAUUAUUCUCCACAACAUCACCACAGUAAAAAACUGUUCAGUAUUCCUGAAGUAGCAGAAGAAGAAGGAGGAGAGCAUUCUGAGCUCUUGCACAGAGGCUGUUCUAUAGGAAUAACUUAUAAAACAAGAGGAGCCUUAGCUAGUGUAAAUAGAAUACCAAGAGCUGGUAGCCGAGAAGGUCGCCAUCAGAGCCCGUGGCAUCUCUCAAAGGCUAGGUUUAAUGGAACCCCUACAUAUUCAGAGGACUUCACAACAGAAGGGAGCAAACUUGGAUCUCUUUCAAGGAGCCCAGACAGUGGCUUGGAUUGUGGCAGUGAGGAAGAGGAAGCACGUUGUAAUUACAGGAAAGCCACUGUUGCUAGAAAUGCAGCCCAGGAGAAUCCUCAGAAUCCUCCAUGUCCUAGAGACCUGAAACAAAUGCUAACACGCAGAAAAACCUUAACCAGACAAAGCAGCGUGGAGGAGGAUUUUGGUGAUAUGAGCGCAGGCUUUGUAGAUAACAAGAGCAAUAUCAAGCAUCAGCCUGAGAUGCAUGAACAGCAACCAUGUAUCAGGGAUUUAAAUAACAUUUCUGCCCGAAAAACAGACUUUUAUCAGAAAGACCAUAGGGAUGCAGUUCUGAGGCCACCCCACAGAGACACAGAAAACUCUCUGCUUUUAGGUAAUCACCCAACGUUAAGUCGGACAGAUCACCAGACACGAAGGUUCUCUCAUGGCAGUGCAGCUCCUCAAAGACCCCGACCAAUGAUGGUUCCUUCUAUUGAAAUUACAAUGGACAGUAACAGUGAAGGAGGUCGUUCUCGGUCAGGUAGUGAGGGAAAUAUUUCACCUGUUAAAGAAGAAGCUUAUUAUCGCAGCCUUGGAGGACACAGGAAGUGGUCUCUGCAACCUACCAGGGUGUCUGACGAUAGAUACGAUAGUUAUGGCAGUCGGGAGCAGCUUUCAAUGUACGAGGAGUCUGAGACUGAUGGCGGGAUGGAGGAUUUUCCUGCACGGAUAUUUGUGGCACUCUUUGAUUAUGACCCAAGGACCAUGUCCCCUAAUCCAGAUGCUGCUGAAGAGGAGCUCCCAUUUAAGGAAGGACAGGUCAUAAAGGUUUAUGGAGACAAAGAUUCUGAUGGAUUUUAUCGUGGUGAGACCUGUGAAAGGGCUGGCUUUAUACCCUGUAAUAUGGUCUCUGAAAUACAAGUUGAUGAUGAAGAAAUGAUGGAGCAACUCUUCAAACAAGGAUUUCUGCCUUUAAAUACUCCAGUAGAAAAAAUAGUCAACUGUGAACGUUUCAAAGAGAGCUCUCGCUCUGUACACCGCAGAUCCAGAAAGUCUAAGAGAGAAAGGAACAGGAGGAGUGGAAGACAACACUCAGUGACUACUAGAAGAAUGGUUGCUUUAUAUGACUAUGAUCCAAGAGAAAGCUCACCUAAUGUUGAUGUGGAGGCAGAGCUAACAUUUUGUACUGGAGAUAUACUCAAUGUUUUUGGUGAAAUAGAUGAAGAUGGAUUUUACUAUGGUGAACUUAAUGGGCAUAAAGGCCUUGUCCCAUCUAAUUUUUUGGAAGAAGUGCCUGAUGAUGUUGAAGUUUACCUUUCUGAUACGCCAUCUCGAUACCCUCAAGAUACCCCAAUGCGAACCAAGGUUAAAAGGAAGAAGAGUGUUCAUUUCACACCUUAAUGAGGCAGUGUAGCCUUCACGUCCCAUCUGAGAACACAGGAACACCCCGGAGAGCUCCAUCUCCAACAGUUCAUCUGCAUUCUAUGUCACCUCCAUCCUCCAUGGGUUCAGGCAGCCCAAUGCGAGGCAGGGACCGGUCUUCAAAAAAGAAAAAAGGUCUACUAUCAAAAGGAAGGAAGUUCCUUAAAAAACUUGGUGCAGUAAAGUGAGAUGUUUAAAAGCACUUUUAUUUUCUUUUUUUUUUUUGCAAGCCACGGCACAGCCUUCUUUUUUAAAUGAGCAUUUGCUCUAGUAUAAAUGUACAGUGAUCCAGCCCUUAACUCCACCAUAUGGCUGCUAACCAUAAUACAUGGCUCUCCAUGUAACAAAUACCUUUAAUACCAAUGAUUGGUUGGGGGAAAAAAACAACUCUGGUCUUGAAAAUCCUAGUUAAUAUAGCCUUGGUGUUUUGCCUUACCGACGCACAAUGAUUUAUUAUGUUAUAUAAAUGUACAUAGCAUUUUAUUUGUAUGUUGAGUGCAUCCAAUCAUUCUCACUGUUAAAUAGUGAUUUAACAUUUCACUAACCAGUUUAUGAUUUAGAACUGGAUUUUAAAAAAUCCAGAUACCCUGCUGUCCAUUAAUGCAAAUGUUUAAAAAUGUCACUUCUCAUGGUAAUCACACUACCAGAAGUAUUAAGCAGUGUUCAGCUAUUACACAGUCUUAUACGUAGGUUAAAAAAAGAGAAAAAAAUAUGAAUUUAAUUUGAGUUUAAAGGGGAAGUCCGCACUAUUUUCAGAUUGGCAUCCUCUAAAAAGUUCAGCAAACAUCAAAUUACAAUUUUGUAAUUUUAGUCCAUUUGUAAGUUGUUUUUACUCUUUAUACAUAAUUUUCAGACUGCCUUUUUUGUAAGAUGAAGGUUUACAAUUAAAUAUCACCCCACCCCCCCAUUGUGUCUUCAAAAUGUAUAUAAAUUGUAUAAUAACAUGUCAGGAGUUAUGAAAUACAAAUGUUACUGGCCUAAAUGUGAUUAAAGUGUUGUGUGUGUGUGCGUGUGUGUGUGCAUGUGGAAAUUUGAUGUGUAAAUUAUUUUAUAUAUAAAUAAAAUUUGAUAUUUUGUA